AUGGAGCUCGAGGUUCCUGUCCCCGGUAAGCUCAUAGAGCAGACCCCCUACAGAGAUUCAGCCAAGGAUAUCUUAUCCAGAGUUCGCGAACUUUGCGGAUGGGGACGGCCGACAUUUCCGGGUUCGCAACCAGUGUCCUUGUCUAUUACCAAUAUUCGACAGUUGGCUAAUCAUGCGUAUGUGGCUUGCGAGAAGACUGAUGGCGUGAGAUAUUUGUUGUAUGCGGCAUCUAGGUUGGUAUUUCUGAUUGACCGUAAAGAAACGAUUCAGGUGCUGAAUUUGUCUUUACCUUUGCCUGGUUUGCCGGAGACGGAGGAUGGGGAGUUGAUCUGUCACCAGUCGACAUUGUUGGAUGGCGAGUUGGUGACGGAUAAGUUGGUGGAUGGGUCGACGAGGGUGUCAUUUCUGAUAUAUGAUGCGGUGAGCAUUAACCGAGAUGCGACGAUUGGCAAGCAAAAUUUAUUUGAGCGACUGAAGCAGGUAUUAUUGCAGGUUGUUCGUCCGCGGGUGGAUAUGGAGACUCAGAGGGCAGAUCUGAUUGAUAAGGAGAAGGCGGCGAAGGAUUACCUCCCAAUUUACUUGAAGGAUUUUUACGAGAUUUGGGACAUUUUGAGUAUUAGGAAUGCUUCUAAGAGGUUGCCCCAUUUGAGCGACGGUAUUAUCUUUACCCCGGUAGCUGUGCCCUACGUGGCGGGUACUUGCAGACAGCUCAUGAAGUGGAAGCCGCCGGAGUUGAACACCUUGGAUUUCGCUUCGGAGCUUCUGUACUCACUGGACAUCCAUGGGAACCAUAUUCCGGUGGCUGCGAAACUGUUAAUUGGUAGUAAGGGGUUCCGGCGGGACAGCGGCUGUUGGAUGGUUUUGAAUAAAGGCCAUUGGGGUGAGAUGUUGAAGCGUCACGAGGAGUACCAGGAUUGCGACGGUGCUAUAUGGGAGUGCUAUUUCGACCCGAAGGCGACGACCUUAAUUCCGGCGCAGUGCGAAAACGCCUUGGAGGUGGCCCAGAAAUUGGAACAGUGGACGGCCUUCUGGAAGAAGGAGACGGUGGAGACCGCCGCUGCCGCCGGUCCUGCAACUGGGCCGGCGGGUGGCGGCUUGGACGCUACGGCGGGAAAGAAGCACGGACCAUCCGACGCGCUCAAGAGCCGGGUGAAGCGGUUGAGGAAGCAGCAAACGCUGUACGACGACAUCAUGAUUGCCGAAGACAUGGCUGUGAGCAACGGCUUUCCGGAGCACGCCUGUCCCUACGCUAGAGUGGGCACCUCAGGCAACAACUACUUCGAUUUUAACCAAGCCAUCACCGUCGAAGGGGGGUGGGUCUUGGAAAGGAUCCGUACAGACAAGCUGACACCCAACGAUGAACGUGUCAUGGUUCGGGUGAAAGAGUCUAUCGACUCUGGUAUCAGUUUUGUUGCACUCUUCGACUUGAUCCUGAGCUAUCGAACGGCAGGGGCUAGUCCCUGCUGCUGCUCACUCCAACUGCCCGACUACUAUAGCACUCAUGGGACCAGACUCCAACACAGCGGCACCGCUGCCCACGAAGAACAGCAAGCCCAACUCCUCAAAGACCUUCAAGAACCUGCGACCGAGACCACCGCCCCCGCCGCCGGGAAGCUGUCCCGGGACAUCAAAAUGGCCGUCGAAGAGGAGCCACCCAAGGAGAAAACUCUCCAGAGACAGAGCAGCUCCGAUAGCAGCUCCUCCAGCAUGUCCAGGAUGAUCAGCGAAUCAGACGACAGCGAUUCCGUCUGA